GUUUGAUCCCAUCCUAUUGUAAAUUUACACACUCUCUCUCUCUCGUCUCUGUAUUAUCCAUUUCUCAGUCACAUUCAUAGCCAAGCAACGAAAAUGGCAGCCAUGGCUGCACUGCAGAGCUCCAUGACCUCUCUUUCUCUCUCCUCUAACUCCUUCCUCGGCCAAAGCCUCUUCCCCCCAACCCUUUACCGUGUCCCGGCCAAGUUCACAGCAAAGCCUUGCCUCAUCGUCGUGAAGCUCAAAAGAUGGGAGCGGAAGGAAUGCAAGCCAAACAGCCUACCAGUUUUGCACAAAAUGCAUGUUAAGGUUGGGGAUACAGUGAAAGUCAUAUCGGGACAUGAAAAGGGUAAAACUGGAGAGGUAACAAAGAUCUUUAAGCACAAUAGUACCGUGAUAGUGAAGGAAAUAAACUUGAAGACGAAGCAUAUGAAGAGCAGGGAAGAGGGAGAACCAGGACAGAUUCUUAAGGUAGAAGGAGCUAUACACAGCUCGAACGUGAUGCUUUUCUCGAAAGAAAAGAAUGUAGCAAGUAGGGUGGGUCAUAAAAUUCUGGAAAAUGGACAACGAGUUCGCUACCUCAUCAAAACUGGUGAAAUAAUAGAUAACGCCGAGAACUGGAAAAAAUUGAAGGAAGAGAAAAAGAAAACUGAAGAAGCCGUCACUGCUGCGUAAGGAUCCAAAUCUUGCCUGAACGCGGCUGUAGAUUAGAAACUCCGGAUGUAUUAAUAUCAUUUUGUAAGUUUGUAUUGGUUUCUCUUGAUUGAUGCACCGCAGCUGAGUGAUAUAAAUUUCUUUAUCUGUGUUGGUUGAAUGCGAAAUUAGAAUGUUGAUCGUC